CCAGUAUGUGUGCAUUAUUCAAUACAGGAAUGGGGCUCCCUCGAGAACUCCACAACGUGUUACGUCCGAAGUUACAGGUAAUAAUUUGCCCAACCACCGAGAGUAUCUCAUUAAUAGUUAAAAACCGAGGUCAAUAAACGACAAGAGGAGGCAUUUAUUACCAGUAAGAACGUGAGAUAGUUGAGAGAAAAAAGGGAAAUAUUCAGAAGAAAGUGCAGCGGUCGAUACGAUACAGCAGAGAUACUCAGCCGGUGAGAGAUUGGCAGUGACUCUUCCUCGACGGCCCAGCGGACAUUGCACCUUUAUUUCCGUGUUAAAAUAGACGUGUGGAAUCCAACUGACAAGUAAAUAAACAAGGAUUUGGAGAAUUCCCAUUUCCAGCGCCCGGGGCCUCCUGGGGAGCCCUGAAUCCCAUUAGAUAUUUUUGAUAAUACCACAUCUUCGGUUGAUUUUGGAAAUGGGUCAUCGAGGAACCGUCCUCACUGUUAACCCUAGACCGGUUACAAUGACACAGACAAUGUUGUUGAUGGUGUCAUUGAUGCUAAUUGCAUCAAUUCCACUGCUUAAUGGUGAACUUGUUGAGCAGAAGUGCCCAGUCGAUUGCGACUGCCACUAUUUUCGCAUCAACUGGGUAACAGACUGUUCCGAGAGUAAUUUGACAGCUGUACCAUAUGACGAGUUGAGUCCAAAUGUCUACAUACUCGAUAUGAACGGUAACAACGUGGAGCAGUUGAGACCAUUUCCACAGGGCAUCAAACUCCGCAGACUGCAGAUGGCACACAAUCGUCUCACCGAGUUGACUCACGAUUCAUUUGCUGGACUCAACUACCUUCUCGAUGCUGAUUUCUCAUAUAAUAUGAUAAAGCGUGUUGAUCCCGAGGCUUUCAGGGCCAGUCCGGGUCUGAUAACUCUAGAGCUUCAGAACAAUCCUCUGAGUGAAGUAGAUGGCCAUUUCCUCAAUUGUCAAACUCUCCUGAGCCUAGACUUGAGCACCUGUGGAAUUCGACGUUUGAAUAAUCAAUUCUUCCACAACACGACUAAUUUGAAUAAACUGGAUUUGUCAGGGAAUCCACUUGAACGAAUUGCCCCAGGACCUUUCGAUCAUCUCACUAGUCUGGAGUAUUUAAAGCUCAACAAUUGCAGCUUGAGCUACAUAUCCCCUGAAGCAUUUAGCCAUUUGGAGACUCUCCGAGGAUUGGAUAUGUCAAACAAUAGCUUGAAGUCAAUUACAUGGACAAGUGUGUUAGCUCCCCUCGUUCGUCUCGAGAAUCUCAACAUCGGUAAUACAGGAAUAACUAAUUUGCCAGCCGAUGCAUUUGCCAAAAAUCUGUUUCUCCAACAUCUUGUAUUGUCUCUAAAUGAACUCCAUCAUUUGGAUAUUGAAAAUACCCUGGGCCAUAAUCUUCAUAAUCUCCAAACUCUUGAUCUCUCAAAUUGUGCCCUCCAAGAUCGUUUAUCCGAGGACGCCUUCAGAAAUUCAAGUCAACUUCGUGUUUUGAAUUUAAGCGGCAAUCCAAUGUUCGCCGGUGACUUAACAGCAGUACUCCGGCAUCUACCAAAACUUCAUAAACUUUCAUUAAGUAAUUGUAGCCUCCGGAGAUUACCAGAUGCCUUCGAUGUGCUAGAACACCUCCAGGAGCUCGACAUAUCCAACAAUCCUCUAUCAGAUGCCUUCGUUAAGCUACUCAAUCCCCUGAGAUCACUGGAGUAUUUGGACAUGUCUUACUGCAGCCUUGGAUACGUUGGUAAUAAUACAUUUGCUCACAUGACCGAGCUGAAGAAACUCAUUCUAUCCGGCAAUAAACUACACACACUGGAGGCAGAUCUUUUUGCCAAUUUAAGCAGACUAGAGAGCCUUGAAUUGAACAACUGUGGUUUUACAACUCCCCUGGAUCCAAAAGUAUUUGGUAAAGAGAGAAUUUACUCGAGUGUUAUUGAACUUAAACUCAGUGGAAAUCCACUAACGAUACCCGAUGAAGGAUCACUCCUACCAAAACAAUUAUCUAACGUUGAGAUAUUGGAUUUGAGUAACUGCAAUAUUGUUCAUCUUAAUGAGAACGUACUAUCGCGCAACAAAAAUCUGUCACAAUUGAAUUUAUCCAACAAUAAAAUAUCGGAGCUCAGUUUCUUGAAGAAAUUACGAAGACUGGAGCAUUUGGAUCUCAGUAAUAAUCAAAUAAGAACUAUAAAUCCGAAAGUGUUGAAGUCCAACACUCGGCUACUCUCGCUGAAUCUAAUCGCCAAUCCGUUUGUCUGCAAUUGUUCGAUUGUGGAGAUGUGGGACUGGGCUGUGCAGGAGAAAAAUGAUUUGCAUGUUUUAAUUGGCAGUCAACCAAGUGAAUUCGCAACGGGUGCAGUUAAACUGCGAAAAAGUUUGAGUUGCACUUAUGAGGAUGAUGCUUACAGAGAUCUUAUGAAUCAAAGGCCAUUGCUGAGAAAAGGAGAUCUAACACCGCAUAGAACUUGGGCCAAAUAUAUUCGAGAGUCCAAUUGCGAUAGGAAAUCAUGAUAUAAGGGGUUCCAGCAUCCUGCAGCCAAUAAUAUUCAAGAUAUACUCCACCGGAAUAAAGUAGAACUUUAAAUUUUUAUUACUUAUAUCGAUGUUACUAUUGACUCUCAAUCAUUCUUUAUUUUUGCUAUUAUUCAUUCAGUAACUGAGAGGUGAUUUGAUAUCAGAUGAUUUAGAAAGGUUCUUCGCGCAAUCAAAACGAAUGUUCGCGUUUCACAAACUGUAAACACUUUUUCCACAAUAGAAACGUCGGAAUAAAAUCAAAAUUUUACCGAAUUUCACAAUUAAUUGGAAUAUUGAGCAAGCGAUUUCUCUGAAAUUCAAAUAAAUUUUUAGAUUUUAUUCAGAAGUUUGUUGUAUGUGAAAAGAGUCUAGAACAGACGUAGAAAAUUUAAACAUUCACUUUUGAAUUAUUCGAAGUUACAAUCACGCAAUCAAUGCGUAAUAAAAAAUCACACUGAAACCGUUUCGCUCUUAGUGCUGAAUUUGUAGAGUUUAAAGUUCAAUGAUACGAAUACAAACUCUCGAGUCAUGAACUCGAAGUUAAUCGAUACUCUUCGCAGGAUGCUGAUUAUUUUAUCCUAGUCUAUUUGAGAUUUUGCAAAAAAACUCAUCAAAUUGUUAAAAAUUAUAUUUUCGUGCACUUAUUACCAUUUAUUGAUCAUUUAUUUGAAUAUCAAUGGAUUACAACUGAAUCAAUAAUUUGUGCUCUCAAUGUCAGUGGCUCUGUAUUAUCGGAAAAAAGUCAUUGCUACGAGUUAUCUGACUCCAAUAAUCCGGCGUACAUAAUUAAUAAUAUUGAAUCAAUCGAUUAAUGUACUGCCUUUACUAAUAUCGAAAGUUCGGCAACCUGUCAUUCAUCAUCCAUUAAUUUUUUUUUCAUUGUGGAUUAUGAUUUAUAGGAAAUUGUGUGAUAAUUGAUGAUAAAAAAAUGUAGAAUAAAAAUUGGUGCCAAAGUUUUAUAAUCAAAAUGAACAAAACAUGAUACAUUGAAUCAAUAUCAGCCACGAUGAGAUAACAAAGAACUUGUGAAUGAUCUUUUUUUUAUUUUACUAUUAUAUUGCAGAGGAACAAAUGCUUUAGUAUUCAUCAUCGUCGUUACUAGCGAUUGAUUAUGUCCUCCCUCUCCCAUUGUCUACCAUUAUGACACCCAGCCUAUUGUCGAGUAAUAAAGACCAUUUCGAUAAUUAUUA